UAAAGCAAACCGCAGGAAAACACAGCAAAGGAACCAAGAAAUGCCCUCAUAUAUACGUCUCCCUAGCAUCUCUGGAAGACAGAGCAGGAAGAUCUCUGAAGAGCACAGCAGCCUGAGCUACAGCCUUCCAGAACCGCUGAGAAGCGCUCCGCAAACAUGAGCGAGAGCACCAUGACCGCCCUGGAGAGCUGCUUACUGCAGCUGAAAUGCCAUUUCAACUGGAACUUGGUGCAGGGAGGAGAGUCGCUGGAUGAGUUUGAAGACGAGGUGUGUAACGCCACGGAGUUUCAGAACAACGAGUUCAGAGCGACGGUGUUCAACAUCCAGGCCUACAUUGAGCACAGCAGAGGCCGCGGAGAGGCGGCGCUGGAGUGCCUGCGGCGGGCGGAGGAGCUGAUCCGGCGGGAGCACCAGGAGCAAGCGGACAUCCGAAGUCUGGUCACCUGGGGCAACUUCGCCUGGGUCUCCUACCACCUGGGCAGACAUGCAGACGCGCAGAUGUAUGUGGACAAGGUGAGACGAGUCUGCGCGGAGGCUCGCAGCCCCUACAGAAUGGAAAGCCCAGAGCUGGACUUUGAGGAGGGGUGGGCCCGGCUGCAGUGUGGAGGGAGGCACAACGAGAGGGCCAAGGUAUGCUUUAAGAAGGCUCUGGAAAAGGAGCCCAAGAACCCGGAUUUUGCCUUGGGACUGGCCAUCGCCAGCUACCGUCUGGACACCUGGCCGCAGCCUCAGAAUCCCAUAGACCCUCUGCGGCGGGCCAUCCGGCUGAAUCCUGACAACCAGUAUGCGAAAGUCCUCUUGGCGCUGAAGCUUCAGAAGAUGAAGGAGGAAGAGGAAGCAGACAGACUCGUGGAGGAGGCGCUGAAAGGAGCCCCGGGGGCGACAGAUGUGCUCUGCCAAGCAGCAAAGCUGUAUCAGAGGAAAGGGGCCCUGGGCCAAGCUGCAGAGCUGCUGAGAAAGACCCUGGAAGGUUCUCCGGACAGCACCAUCCUGCACUGGCGAAUUGGCUGCCUCUACAGGACCAAAGUCCUCGAGAUGCUCCAGGACCCAGGAAGGAAUGAGAUGAGCGGCCAAAGGGCAAAGUUACAGGAAACCAUAGAACAAGCUGUGUAUCAUUUAAAAAGAGUGGAUGAGGCCAGUGCAGAGCUCCCCUGUGUCUGCUCCUACCUGGCCUGUCUCUACGCCCAGGCAGGUAAGUAUGAUGCCGCGGAGCAUUACUUCCAGAAAGAAUUCAGCAAAGAGCUUUCUCCAGGAGCCAGACAAGUGCUCCACCUGCGCUACGGCAACUUCCAGCUGUACCAGAUGAAGUGCGAAGACAAGGCCAUCCACCAUUUCAUACAGGGCAUGAAAAUCAACCAGGAAUCAAAGGAGAAAGAAAAGAUGAAAAAUAAGCUGCAGAAAAUUGCCUGUACCAGGCUUUCUAAAAACGGAACUGAUUCCGUGGCUUUGCACCUCUUGGCAUUUCUUCAGGAGCUGAAUGGAGACAUGCGGCCAGCAGAGGAAAACUCUGAGAGGUGUUUGGACUCUGGAAACUUCCUCCAUUCAGUAUCUUUCACUGAGGCAUAAGGAAUCAAUAUAUGGUGCUGGCGGGAUGAUGCAGGGAAGGGAGCAGAAACCCCUCCACCAAGUGGGUAUUCAUGAUAUGGGACAACUUUACAGCAGCAUAGGCGUGGACUGAGCUGCUGGCCAUGGGUCUGCACCGGGUUUGGGGAGGAUACCUGCUGGGUAUCACACAUGAAUUGCCCAGGGAGUUCUGGGACAGGGACUAGAUUGGAGAGGGG